AUGGCUUUGUUAGAUCAAGAGAGACUUACUAGACGGAUUCUCACUCGUAAUGAACAGGCUGUCUCCAGUCUCCUAUCUAGGAGGAUUGUUCUUCUGGGUAAAACUGGUGUUGGAAAGAGUGCAGUUGGAAACACAAUCCUGGGACAGAGAGAGUUCAGAUCUGUGAUGAGAAUGAAUUCAGUAACUCGCGAAUGUUCAGCAGCUCAAGCCACAGUUUCAGGCAGAUCUGUGUCUGUAGUCGACACUCCUGGAUUCUUUGACACAAAGAUGAAACCUGAAGAGUUAAUGAUGGAGAUCGCCAGAAGUGUGUAUUUAUCCAGUCCUGGACCUCACGCUUUCCUCAUUGUGUUCAGAAUUGAUGACAGAUUCACUGAACAGGAGCUGCAGAUUCCUCAGAAGAUUGAGCUGAUCUUUGGUCAGGAGGUGUUGAAAUACUCCAUCAUUCUCUUCACUCAUGGAGAUCUGCUGAAGGGAAAGCCAUUAGAGGAGCUGAUUAUGGAGAACAGUAAAGUAACAUCUGUAGUCCAGCAGUGUGGAGGCAGAUAUCAUGUGUUCAACAAUGAAGAUGUGAAUAACAGAGAGCAGGUGGAGGAUCUACUGCAGAAGAUUGACUCAAUGAUACAGCAGAAUGGAGGAGGACACUACAGUAACCAGAUCUUCGAAGACGCUCAGAGAUUCAGACAAGAGGAAGAAGAGGAGAGACAGAGAGAAGAAGAGGUGAGAAAACGACAAGAGAAACAAAGACAAGAGGAGAUUGAUUCUCUCUGUCUCCUUUCUGACUUCCUCAGAGAAGAGAUGAAGGUUAAGAUAGCUGAAUUAAAAAAACUUGAAGGAGAGCGAAAAGAGGGUGAACGAAAACUACAGGAGGAGACAAAAAGACAAGAGGAGAUUGAAAUGAGAAAUGAGAAAAUCAAAGCUGAACUAACAAGUCUAACGAAACAAGAGGAUUCAAAGAAAGGAUCUGAUGGAUUUUAUAAGAAAUAUCGUUGUUAUUUUUGGGCUGCUGUUGUUACAGCUGGUCUUGUUUCACCUUUUACUGCUUUAGCUGCUGGAAUUGCUGCUUCUGUUGGAGGUGCCACAGCCGCUCUUAAAGGUUUUGCUCUUUGGGCUUUUGUUGUAGCUUUUAGUGGAGCUGCAGGUAAAGCAGCUGUUAAAAUGUUUCAGGGUGGAGAUGAUGACAAAGAACAGAAGAAAACACAGUAG